AUGGAUACUCGAAUGGAUACCGCGGUUACCGUGGAGCAGCUCCCCCCUGCCGUCACACUGAGUGUCGAUGCUCCCUCGUCAGAAACAGUCACUGCUGGCGCAGAGCUUCCAGAGCCUGCCAGCGGAAACAACAUUAACGAGAUCCUUGCGAAUACUCCGCUAGAGAAUAUCCAUCCCCAGUCAGAUGAACCAUCAGAUCCAACUCCUGCACCCGAACCGCCCCAACCUGAGCUCGAACAUGCGUACUGGGCCGAGAUUGAGGAGGACACAUCGGUUCCUGAUGAGGCGGAGAUGAAGGAAAUCGAGUCGACGGCGGAUGGGGACUAUAGUGCAUACGAGUACGAUUAUUGGGAGAAGAACUUCCACCCAGAUCUCGACGAUCCAGAGUAUCAGCCGGUUGAAAAAGGCCGCCUGACAUGGAAGAUCAAGGGCGUGCGAGGGACCAAAGACGCGCCCAACCGCAGCAAGAUCAUGCGUUCCCCUCCUGCUUUCAUCGGCGGUUACUGGUGGACAAUCAAGUUUUUCCCGCGUGGUAAUAACGUGGGUUCCCUGAGCAUCUACAUCGAAUGCUCCCCGACCUUGCCUCAGCCCGACAAGACAUUGCCAGAGACCGAGUUCAAAGUGUUGCGGGGACCGGCCGAUUCGGGGCUCAACACCGCCGCUCCCGAGGUGGACAUGAAGUUUGCCCGGACCGACGACUCGGCAAGCUGGCUGGAGAAUUUCACGGCACAGUACCCCGCUGCGGCUGCCAGCAAGCAAGAUUCUCCAAAGGACACCUGGAGAGUAUCGGCACAGAUUGGUGUCAUUUUGUACAACCCGGACGAGCCUCGUACGGGUUGGAUGCAGUCCUCGUGCCACCAAUUCAACCCGCACAAUCUUGACUGGGGCUGGACUAAUUUCCACGGCCCGUGGGACCAGAUCCACCGCCGACAGCGGGGCCAGCGCCAGGCGCUACUCCGCAAUGACACGCUUGCGUUCGAUGCGUACAUCCGCAUUAUUGACGACCCCACCCGGUCUCUGUGGUGGCAUGCGAGCGAUUCUGAACCGACUUGGGACAGCCUGGGCUUGACUGGCUACCGGCCGCUGGGUGAUUCUGUCAUCAAUCACAGUGCCGAGGUUGCGGGACUGGCCUCAUGGCUGCAUCUAGCACCUCUGUGCAAGAUAAUCCAAAAUGCCAAGGUCUUGGACCAUCUCACAGACUGCGAUGUCAAGCCCAAGCCGCUCUGCGAUGCGCUACAGAAGUUCCUUUGGCGUCUUCGCUCUCGUGGUCAGUCCCUGCAAUAUGUGGAUACGGACAUUAUCACUUCCAUUCUGCGCAAUCUGCAUGAAUACUCAGGUGAUGUCUGUGAGUUCUGGGAGCGCCUGCGUCGGACCAUCGAGUUUGAACUCUCGGACACCGAUGCUCCGAAGGAGCUGGCCAAGAUCUUUGACAGUCCCUCGCCUGACUCCCUUGCCGAUUCCGGAGUGGAUGCGGUAAACACCAUCCCAAAGGACUUCAACUCACGCAUUUGUGUGCCUGCCGAACAGGCCAAAACGAUGCGCGAAGGGUUGAGCUGGUACUUGACGCAGAAACCCGGCCGUUGGGCAUUGCCACCUGUUCUCCAUGUCGAGCUGAACCGCCAUAAAUUGGACAAGGCGGCACGUCAGUGGCGCCUUGUCUACAACAAGGUUGACCUGGAUGAGGAGUUGGAUCUGACUCCCUACCUGGUUGACGGCCAGUGUGGAAACUAUGUCCUCUAUGGCUACAUUGUCCACCGCGGACGGCGCACGUCGGGCAAAUUCUUCAGCAUUCUUCGUCCCGGUGGGCCCGGAACAAGAUGGCUUGCAUUCGAUGACGGCAGCGAUAAUCGUGUUGAAUGCCUCACACGCAAGACGGCCCUGGGGCCGCAUCUGGGCCUGGAUGAGUCUCAGAAAGUAGACCACAAGUCUGGUCAUGAUGUCGCCAUCGCCGUCAUGUAUAUACGAAGCGACGUUGUCGCAGAGUUCCUCCCUGGCCCUCAGGGUCCGUGGGACGUUUCGCCAUCGCUGAAGGAGUAUUAUGAGACCGGCGUCUACCCUCUCUCCUCCGUGUCCGGGGGAAAGGCCGCAGAGAAGGAAAUCCAAGUAGAGGUCUAUGCUCCGCCGCAGUAUGACCAGUUGCCUAGUCUGUUUGACUCCUACGAUUUGAUGUCGCAGGCCAAGGCGGCCAACAGGGUGAUGUAUAUGACUGUUCCCCGCUCCGAGAAUAUUGUCGAGUUGCGCAAGAAGAUCGCUCUCUGGGCCUCUGCGGCCAGCGAGACCCAGGCCAGUCCCGAGAAUAUCCGUCUGUGGCAGAUUGGACAUACUCGUGAUCGAUACGGGCCAACACUUGCGUUCGAGCGGAUCUCGGAUCUGAAAUCGACCCUUGAUCUACCUGUUCCAGUUGCUCGGCUGUGGAUGCAGAUUGUCUCUGAUGAUGAGGCAAAGUACUUUGCCAUCAGAGAUCCCCGCGACACUGUAGUCGCUCAGCGCAAGGCUGAAGAGGCGGUAGUCGAACGCGCUGGUUCUGAAUCUUCGGACGACAGACAAUAUACUCCUGAAGUCCGAAGCGGAGGGGCUGAGGCCAGCUCAUCUGGUAACGUGACCGAAAGCGAUCUCAGCAACGGUGACAGGGUGUCGGCUGUGGUCACGGAGAGCUCUGACCUGGAGACUUCCAACUCCCCUGCUGAGAUUCAGCCCAGCAAUGUGGGUGCUGAAAAUGAUGCGGCCAUAGCGGCGAUCAUCGCACAGGAUGUCCAGCAGAUGGAAAUCGAGCUCGCUGAGGAGGCUCAGGAAUCACCCGCUCCGGCUGAGCAGUCCUCCGAUGACGCUACUCAAAGCGAACCAGCACAGCAGCGAGCUGCUUCUCCAGCUCCCGAAACUGUGUCUACCACUUCGGAAGAGCCCGAAGUUCCGCUGCCCGUCGAGCACGUUUACUAUUUCAUUCAAAUUUUCGACGUCGAGGCACAAGCAUUGCGUACGGCGGGCUCAUUCUUCUCCCGGAAGGAGGAGAAAGUCAAGACCGCUCUGCGGAAACACUUGAAGUGGCCGAUGAUGAAGGAUUUCGCGAUCUGGCAGCGGGUUGACGGUACCACUGUCACAACCAUGUCCAGCGUGGGAACAUUCGACACGUAUGUGCCAGAUGGGACCUGUUUUAUUGUCGGUGACAAAUUAAGCAAGGAGAAGCGCACGGAACUCAGCGUUGCGGGUCUAUUCUCCAGUCCUGAUCGGCUGGUCCACUACCUCUUCGCAGCGGAGCGCAAUCACCCAACUCGGGCCUUCACCGGCACCAAGACUGUCGAUGCCUCCUUUAACAGCGAGUACUACAGCGGCGAAUUCCUGAAGGGCUACUACCACGGCAAAGGCAAGCACAUCUCCGACUCGGCCGCCACCUACGUCGGCGACUUUGUCUUCGGCAAGCGCCACGGCAGCGGUGCCAUGGAGUACCCCACUGGGGAUACCUACGAUGGAGAUUGGUACGAAGACCAGUGCCACGGGCAGGGCACCUUCGUCGAGAAGAAGACAGGCAAUAAAUAUGUCGGCGGUUACAAGGACGGCAAACGACACGGCAAGGGCAUCAGCUACUGGGAAGUCGCUGACGAAGAGAUGGAUCUGUGCCAGAUCUGCUACAGUGAGGAGCAGGAUGCCCUGUUCUAUGACUGUGGCCAUGUCUGUGCCUGUGUGACUUGUGCCCGCCAGGUCGAUAUCUGCCCUAUCUGUCGGAAGAACAUCAUCAGCGUGGUCAAGAUCUAUAGAACGUGA